UGCGGACAGCUCAGCUCAGCUACCAACAGCUAGUUGCAUCUUUUGGAGCCUAUUUUGUACACAACAUGAGAUGGACCAGCUUGUGGGCAAUCGUGGCUGUCACGGCGAUGGCGGCUUAACCUGUGUGGAACCACUGGAAGGGGAAUUCACCCACAGUGCGUACUUGGACGCAGCUCAUGAGCAGUAUUUCCUACAGUGAGACAUCCGGCACCAGUCGAGUUCUCGCCCAGCUGAAAAGCGAAUCUGGGGAGGUUCUGGGAGCGCCCUUUGACCUUCCGUUAGACAUCACGCCAGAGAAACUACAGCUGGUGUGUCAUGCACUCUUGGAAAAGGAAGAGACCACACCUUAUGCUUUCUUCGUCAAUGACCGAGAAAUCGUCUCUGAUCUUCAAGACGUGGUUGAGAAGGAAAAGCUUGGCACAGAGCAGGUCUUAGACAUCAUCUACCAGCCUCAGGCCGUCUUCAAGGUCCGUGCUGUCACCAGGUGUACCAGUACCAUCGAGGGUCACUCCGAGGCUGUCAUCUCGGUAGCGUUCAGUCCUAGUGGCAGAUUUUUGGCCAGUGGUUCGGGCGACACUACUGUUAGGUUCUGGGACAUCUACACAGAGACCCCAAAGUUCACAUGUAAAGGCCACUCACACUGGAUUCUAGCAUUAGCCUGGGCACCCGAUGGGAGAAAGCUGGCAUCAGGAUGUAAAAAUGCACAGAUCUGUAUAUGGGAUCCAGCCACAGGGAAACAACAGGGGAAAAUGUUGACAGGACACAAACAGUGGAUAACCUUCCUCUCAUGGGAACCAUUACAUAGUAACCCUGAGUGCAGACGUCUUGCAAGUGCAUCAAAGGAUGGCACAGUGAGAAUAUGGGAUGUAGUGUUGGGGAGGACGUUACUCAGCCUGAGCCGCCACCUCCAGAGUGUGACAUGUGUGCCCUGGGGAGGAGAGGGACUAAUCUACACAGCCUCACAGGACAGAACCAUCAAAGUCUGGAGACCGGACGAUGGAGUGUUGUGUAGAACACUUCAGGGUCAUGGCCACUGGGUGAACACCAUGGCACUCAGUACAGACUACGCCAUACGUACGGGAGCGUACGACCCUGCGAGGGCUUCCAUCAUACACAAAGACACACCUGAAGCAGCUGAAGAAAUAAAGAGGAAGGCUUUGGAGAGAUACAACACCGCAAAGGGUACAGGUACAGAAAGGCUGGUGUCAGGCUCGGAUGACUUCACCCUGUUUCUAUGGCAACCGUCGUUAGAUAAGAAGUCGUUAGCCCGUAUGACAGGCCACAUGGCGCUCAUUAAUGAGGUGUGCUUCUCGCCAGAUGCACGGCUCAUCGCCAGCGCAUCCUUCGACAAGUCCGUCAAGCUGUGGGACGGGAAAACUGGGAAGUACCUAACGUCACUGCGUGGGCACGUCAACGCUGUUUAUCAGGUUGCGUGGUCAGCUGACAGCAGACUGCUGGUCAGUGGCAGCUCAGACAGCACGUUGAAGGUUUGGGACGUGAGAACUCGUAAACUGACCGUCGACUUGCCUGGACACGCUGACGAGGUAUUUGCAGUAGACUGGAGUCCUGAUGGACAGCGGGUAGCCAGUGGAGGCAGGGACAGGGUUCUCAAGAUUUGGAGAACAUGACGAAUCAGUGUUCACAGGAAAAUUGCACCAUACAGAAGGAAGUUGUACUGUGAAAAAUAUCACAAAAUCAAGCAAAGGUUGUAUCCGGUGGCUUCUACAGAAUACAGUUCAAGAAUGUUUUUAUUUCCUACACUAACUUAAGUGAGGUUUCCAAAAAUCUUUCACUACUUGAAGUUGAUUUCAGUGAACUAAACAUCAAUCAUGUUUACUGCAAAGUACCAGGAACCUUGUUGAAAUACCUAGUUGUUACAACUACAUUGUACAUGUACAUGUAUCACGGGUAGAAAAUACUGGACAAAAGUCAUAUACAAGAUGUACGCAGCUGAUAUCAAUCUGUGUAUAUUUUCCAAAAUAACAGUCUCUUAUAAUGAUAUUACAUGUGACAAGAGUAGCCAUACUUACAUGGACAUGGACAUGGACAUGGACAUGGACAUAGACAUAGUUUCCUUUGUUCUAGUUUGUUUAACUCUAUUCUGUGACCAGCACAUUAUAUAACCAUGGAGUAUACAUGUAUACAUUUCCUGUUUAUUAUAUACACUCAUUUCUAUACUGAAUCUAUUUUACAAUACUCUUUUAUUUACUAGGCAUAAUUUAGAUAAAGGCAACAGUACAUAUUAUACACAUCUUUGUAUUGGUACAA